CCCAGCCUUUAUUGAAUCACCUAAGUGUUUGUAGGGCAUCUUCAUGUCGUCGCCGCCAGACGCUCGGAGUUCGCUUUUAGACUCUUACCCUCCUUCCGGGGGUCUACCAUACGAACUUCGCCAGCCUUCUCCCUCAGAGCAGGUGCUGCUCCCGUUGGGCAUACCGUCACCACCGACGGGAUCCAGCUGGGGUUCUGACGAUUCGAUACACCUGCCACCGUCGCCGACGCUUUCGACUACCUCGUUUAUUCCCUUCACCAAUAAAACUACCCUGGCGCUGCGAGACAACAAUCCUUAUGAGCGCUCAGGAGUUUCUCCCUUAGGUCUUCUCUCUGUGCACGGUCAUAGGCAUGGUCGUGCUCGCAAGAACAGUAAUGCUAGCACGCUUGACGGGAGCACAGAGGACACAGAGUCCGACUCAAACUCCAUUGACGCGAUCCCCCCGAGUCUGAGGCGCUGGCCGACACCCUUCCCAAGCAGUACGACCAUGCACAAGCUCGGGCUCCGGUCAUCCAGUUUGUACCUCCAAGAGCCGGUGCUAGAGUCAACGCCGCCGCCGCUGCUGCCGCCGUCCCCGCCGCCGCUGUCCCCGCCGCCGCCUAAGGCGCGAUUUUGGCGCAGGAUAACGGCGGCAGUAACUUCGAAACUUCAAUCGAAGACGAACGCAAGCUUAACCACUCCUCCUCAAAACUCUUCUCCCAGCAUAGUACCCGCCGACCUUGUAAUGGACGGCGGCAGCGGCGACGACGUCGAAACAUCGAUAGAAGACCUUCCGAUGAACGCUAGCUCGACCGAUGCUCCCCAAGGCUCUCCUCUCAGCAUAGCAUCCCCCGACCUUGUGGCGCACGGUGAUGGUGACGAUGGUGGCAUCGACGACUCUUCAAUCUAUACGACGACAGAGUCUGGCGAGGAGAUGAAU